CUAACAAGAACCAGUCACUUUUUCCAUACUACUGAAUCUUUGAUCCCACUGAAAUAUAUAAACAAAAUGUCGAGAAAGAGACAUACCAUCAAUAUACCGGGAGUGAUGCUUGAUACCAUCAGAGACAACACCAACUACGAAAAUGACGAAAGGUUUACAAAGCGUCGGAAGGUCAAGGGCUCUGUUUUAAACCGAAAAGAAUCACGGAAACAGCAGCGUUUAGAGAAAAAAACUAAUAAAGUCGAAAAGAAAAAUCAACACAAAGAGAAGUUCAAAGCAAACAUCAAGAGUCAGAAUAACUCAAAAGAUCGACAAUCUACAGCAGUGACCCCAAAAAUGAAUGUAAAAAAGGUUCAUAUUAAGGAAUCUUUAGCCGACAACAAAUCAUCAUCUAGAAGCACGAAAUCCGAUGGAGGAGAGAUGAAGAAAAAGCAGAAACGUGUUUCAUUUAGUGAUCACGAUGAUAUCAGAGAGAUUCCUGCUAGAGAGGAAGCUACAAAGGCCGAUAUAGAAUUAGAUUUUGAAAAAUGGGAGCAAGAAUUUGCAUCUGACGAUGAAGACAGUGACGAGCAUUCUAGUCUCAGCGCUGAUGAUUCGCAAGACGAAGCAGAAGAAAAUGAAGCCUACAACCUCAUCGAAACCUUGAAACAGUUAAAACAAGUUCAACGAGGAGAAUAUUCAGCCGAAAAUUCAGAGAAUUCAGAUGAUUCUGAAACGGAGGAACAGUUGGAUGAUGAACAAAAGGGUGUGAUGGAGCAGCUUGCAAAAUUAAAAAGCAAGAAAGCAAACAGCAGUUUCAAAGACAUCCGAAUUGUCGCAGAAGAUGAUCUCAACGACGAUUCUCUAUCUGACAAAGUGUUGCAAGAGGAGGAAGAGUCAGAAGAAACUUCAGGAGAUGACACUUCAAAUGAUGGUGAAGGAGAAGGCCUUGAUUUUGAACAAAUAGAGAUCAUGAAAAAGCUUAAAUCACUGAAAAAAGGAAAGCCAAAUAAAGGUAGAAGUGAAAUCAAGAUUGUGAAAGAGGACGAUUUAGAUGAUGAUGAAAUUAGCUCAGAAGACAUUGCUGAAGAAAACGAAAAAGACAAUGAAGAAGAAAAUGAAGAAGAAAAUGAAGAUGAACAGAGAGAAGAUGAAGGUCUCGAUGAUGAGCAACAAAGUAUAAUGGAUCAGCUUGCUGCCUUAAAAAGUAAGAAAGGGCCUCUUACUUCCACCAAAAACGCCAUUAGAAUAGUUAAAGAGGACGAUUUGAGUGAUGAUACAGAGGAAUCAGAGGCAUCUUAUGAUUAUGAAAUGGAACAAUCAUCUGAUGAAGGGUUAGAUGAAGAGCAAGAUCAAGUGAUGAAACAGUUGGCAGCUUUGAAGAAAAACAACAAAAAUACCAACUCGUCACAACUGAAAAUUGUUAAAGAAGAUGAAUUAGAUGAUGAAACUGUUUCUUCAGAGUCUGAUUUUGAUUCUGGGUCUAGGUCUGGAAGUGAUUCAGAAACUUUUGAUGCUCCAACAACAUCUAAUUUCAAGAACGACGAUAGUGACGUUGAGUUUUAUGCCAAGAAGCUAGGGAUAAAUCCAAAGAAAAAACUAACACGUCAAGAUGAUGACGACUUGGUUGGAGGCUUGUUUGAGGGACUUGACUUCAUGGAUAAUUACGACGUCGAAGACAACCAAGACGACGAAGAAAAAAGUGAGAAGAAAGAAAAGAAAGAAAAGAAAAAGAAGAAUGAGAAAAAAGACAAAAAGCAAGAAAGUUCAAGGUCAUCCAAGCCUGUUUUGUCUGAGAAACAAAGAAAGAUGCUGGAGAAAGAUGACGAAGAAAUUAAUUAUUACGCCAAGAAGUUAGGAAUCAAUCCUAAAAAAAAAUUGCCAAAGCAGGGUGAAGAAGAUAUAAUAGGAGGACUUUUUGAUGGAAUAAAUUUAGAUUUCAGCGAUGAAGAAGACGAAGAGAUGGAUGAUAGCGAGAUUCCCUCAGAUUCUGAAAGUGUUGAUGAAGAAGAUGAUAAAGAGGAACUUGAUGAUCACGCCCGUAACUACGUACCUGAAAAUGGUGAUGAUCAAGUUGGCUCUGAUGACUUCGACGAUGAUGAUGAACUAGAUGAUGAUGACAAGGCUCUUCUAAAAGAGAUGUAUGGCCUUGAGAGCUCUGGUUCGGAUUCUGAUUCGGAGUAUGACUCAAAUGACUCAGAAAAUGAUGGGCCUAGAGUAAGAGAGAACCCAUAUGUUGCUCCAGUUGAGCCUGGAUCUAACGAACCUCCACUGCCAGGAUCGAAAUACAUUCCUCCUGCUUUGAGGAAAAAAAUGGCGUUAGGCGAUAAUUCUGAGGAUUCUGAGCAAUUGAAGAAACUCGUACGUUUAGUUAAGGGUCCUUUCAACAAGUUGUCGGAGCCUAAUAUCUCGACUGUUGUUUCUGAGUUGAACAACCUUUACAACGAUAAUCCUAGACAAUUUGUCAAUGAAGCUAUUUUGAAAGUUGUUAUUCAAUCUGUGUGUAUUCCAACGCCGAUGCUAGAGAGUUUCUUGGUCCUAUACUCAAGUGCAAUUGUUGCAAUAUACAAACUUCAGGGUGUUGAGUUUGGUGCUUUCAUCAUUCAACGAGUAGUGGAAGAAUUUGAAAAAGACAUUGAAUCUGAGUCUAGGGCUAAACAAGAGAUCAUCAACAUAACUGGACUCCUUGGUUACUUAUAUACUCUCAACUUAGUGAGUUCAACAUUGAUUUAUGAUAUUAUCAAGAUGAAACUUAUCAAGAACCCAACUGAACUGAAGGUUGACGUUUUGUUAAAAUUGAUCAAAUCAUGUGGUAAUAAGUUGAGAACAGAUGAUUCGACAGCUUUGAAUUCUAUUACGUUAGAGUUGUCCAAAUCUGUGAAAAAUAGCGAAAAGACAGGUGGGAAGGUCUCUAGUAGAGGCCGGUUUUUAAUUGAUACGAUUACUGAUUUGAAGAACAAUCGCAUGAAGAGCUCGGAAAAUGAAAACACUACGUUGAUGAUCAAUAGACUUAAGAAGCAACUCGGAGCUAUCAAGAACACGAGAAACUUAGAGCCAAUAAAAGUUAACCUCGACGACAUCGAGAAUAUAGAAGAGAGAGGUAAAUGGUGGUUAGUUGGUUCUGCAUGGAAGGGUCUUGAUCUCAAGGAAGGUGAAGCAGUUGAGCAUGAAGACUCCAUUGCCAACGCCAACGAGGUUUUGGAUGAUGCCGAAGAUGACUUUUUGGGCGAGAUGGAGGUAAACUGGCUGCAACUAGCCAAAGAGUACAGAAUGAAUACAGAUAUCAGAAGAGCAAUCUUCAUUUCGAUCAUGUCUGCUGAAGACUUCAUGGAUGCAUUCAUGAAGCUAGAAAAGUUGAAUUUGAAGAAGACACAGAAGAAGGAAAUACCCAAUAUUUUGAUGCACUGUGCCAGCAUGGAGUCCAACUACAAUCCAUAUUAUUCUUUUUUGGCCAAAAAGCUGUCGGACGACCAUGCGAUGAGAAGGUCUUUCCAGUUGAACUUGUGGGAUUUCGUGAAGGAACUGGAUGGCGAUGAAAGCUCCACUACCAUUCUUGCUGAUGCCGAUGACGACCAGAGACUAUGGAAGGUGCUCAACAUGGGAAGGUUUUUUGGAUUUUUGAUUGGUGAGGGAUCGUUGUCCUUGAACGUGCUAAGAGUGGUCAACUUUCUCACGGCUUCCACCGACGCUAAGAUCUUCCUUGAGAUUUUACUAAUUACAAUGCUCGACACCGUCAGCAAGAAAUCCGAGUCGACCGAUGCUAGCGCCAAGAAGAGUAAAGACGUUGCGUUCACGGGCAAAGUGAUGGCAGACAGAGUAGCCAAAUGUGACGAACAACCACUUCUAAUCAAAGGAUUGCAGUACUUCCUCAACAACAAGAUACGUAACAGCGAGCUCGUGAAAGGGAAAAAGCAGAGACUAAGAGUGGAAUGGGGUGUCGACACUAUGUCCGACAUGCUUGCCGAGAUGCUUAAGGGCAAGAAAUGAUGAAUGGGCUCUUGAACCUGUAUAACGACAGAUCGAUAAAUAGACAUACAGCGUAAUAGAUUGUAAUAAUAGACAUGUUAAGCACGUGUCUUUGAGAGAGGGU